AAGAUCUAAUCGAUAACAAGCCAGGAGAAAUAGGGAUUGUCCCUCGAGCUUGCAGACGAGGAAAAUGAGGUGGCUCGAAUUUGGGAAGUCACCGGACCCGGGUCACACAGCGAAAGACCCUGGGGCCUGCCCUCUCCCCCUCCAGGCCAUGACGAUUCUGCGAUUAAUCAUACUUGCACUGGUGACAGGGCAUGUAGGGGGAGAGACCAGGAUCAUCCAGGGGCACGAGUGUCUCCCUCACUCUCAGCCCUGGCAGGUGGCUCUCUUCCAGAACACACGGCUGCUGUGCGGAGCGACGCUCAUCGCCCGUAAAUGGGUCCUGACUGCUGCCCACUGCCGCAAGCCCCAAUACACAGUUCACCUGGGGAAGCACAACAUCCACCAGCGGGACCGCUACACGCAGAUCCGCGUCGCCACGGAGUCCUUCCCGCACCCAGACUUCAACGACAGCGUGCCCAACAAAGACCACCGCAACGACAUCAUGCUGGUGAAGAUGGCGGCGCCAGCCUUCAUCACCUGGGCCGUGCGGCCCCUCACCCUGUCGUCCCACUGCGUCUCUCCGGGCACCAGCUGCCUCAUUUCUGGCUGGGGCAGCACGUCCAGCCCCCAGUUGCACCUGCCCCACACCUUGCGCUGCGCCAACAUCACCAUCAUCGACCACAAGGACUGUGAGAACGCCUACCCUGGCAACAUCACAAACACCAUGGUGUGUGCAGGUGUCCGGCAGUCCGGCAAGGACUCCUGCCAGGGCGACUCUGGAGGUCCUCUGGUCUGUAACGGGUCUCUUCAAGGCAUUAUAUCCUGGGGCCAGGACCCAUGUGCUAUCACCAGAAAGCCUGGUGUCUACACGAAGGUGUGCAAAUACGUGGACUGGAUCAAGGAGACAAUGAAGAACAAUUAAUUAGCCAGGACCAGCUCACCACCCACACCAGCACCCCAUCCUCACGUGAUGGUGUGGUUCCCAUUCAUUCUCUUCAUCAUGAAGCCCAAGCCAUGACCCCUUUACAUGCUCUCUUUGGGCUUCCUUGACUAGCGAGAUGCUACAGCUUAAUAAGCAGCCUCAUACUAACCUGGGACUCUGAGAGUGAGUAUCAAUCAAUACCUGUUGGGUUCACUGUUGUAGCCCCAGCCCCAAAGAGAGUCCUGGCACAAAUUUUAUGCUAAUAAACACAAAUCUUUUGAAUGCUUA